GCAGAGAAGCAGAGCAGCCGACCGCAGAAAUUGGAAUCGGAAUCGGAAUCGGGAGAAGUCAGUGCGAUUGUGGACAUUGGCGACAAAGAAGAUGCCGUCACGCUGGCAUUUCGGGAUCUCCGUGAUUCUCCUGGCCCAUUGGACCGCGGCCAAUCCAAUUUUAAGCCAUCCCAAAGUGGCCACCGAGUUUAUCAUCCUACAUAAUAAUGAUAUGCAUGCCCGAUUCGAUCAGACGAGCGUUAAUAGUGGCACCUGCCCUCCGGAGGAUGCACACACGAAUAAAUGCUAUGGAGGAUUCGCCCGGGUGGCCCACGAAGUUCGAAAGUAUCGGAAGGAGGCGCAGGAGGGUGGUACUUCCGUUUUGUACCUCAAUGCUGGUGAUACCUACACUGGAACCGCUUGGUUUACUAUUUUCAAGGACAAAAUCGCCAGUGCUUUCCUCAACAAAUUGAAACCCGAUGCUAUAUCCCUGGGCAAUCAUGAAUUCGAUGAGAGAGUAGAGGGUCUGAUACCCUUUCUCAACGAGGUCACCUUUCCUGUACUGGCCUGUAAUCUGGAUCUGAGCAAGGUUCCCCAACUGAAGGCCACCAAGCACUUGGCUCACUCCGCCAUCCUGGAGACCAAUGGCACUAAGAUCGGUGUCAUUGGUUACUUGACCCCGGAUACCAAAAAGCUUACGCUCAACAUGGAUGUGGAGUUUAACGAGGAGGUGGAGUCCAUUAAUGUUGAGGCAAAGAAACUAAAGGCGCAGGGCAUUAAAAUCAUUAUCGCACUUGGCCACUCGGGUUAUUUGAAGGAUCUGGAGAUAGCCAAGAAGUGUCCGGAGGUGGACAUCGUCAUUGGUGGCCAUACAAACACGUUCCUCUACACCGGUGCCCAGCCGGAUGCAGAGCACAUAGAUGGACCCUAUCCCACGAUGGUCAAGCAGAACAGUGGCAAAGAGGUGCCCGUGGUGCAGGCCUAUGCGUAUACCAAAUAUCUUGGAAAACUUCAUGUGCAGUUUGAUGCCGAUGGCAACCUCAUCGAGUGGGAUGGCUCGCCUAUCCUGCUCAAUGCUUCAGUGGCUCAGGAGCAAGACCUUUUGGACCUGCUGGAGGUCUUCCGUCCGAAUGUCACCAGGUUGGAGAAGUCGGUUGUUGGGCACACCAAGGUUCAUCUGGAGGGUAACAAGGCGGUGUGUCGGGCUGAGGAGUGCAACCUGGGCAAUCUGAUAGCCGAUGCCUUUGUGUUUAGUCGGCUGCUGGAGGAGCAGGGCGGUGAUUUUUGGACAGAUGCUGCCAUUUCUAUAACGCAGGGAGGAGGCAUUCGUAGCUCCAUCGAGAAGCGAUCGGAUGGUGCCAUCACCGACAACGACCUCCUGUCCGUUCUGCCCUGGAGAAACAAGCUGUAUGUGGUGCCCAUGCCGGGUAGCUAUAUACGUCAAGCUUUGGAGCAUGCAGCUGUGCUGAGGGGCAAGGACUCGGAUGGUGGCUUCCUGCAGGUAUCCGGCAUCCAUGUGGUAUUCAAUCUCAACAAACCCGAGGGUCAGCGAGUGGUUUCCGUGCAGGUUCGUUGCGCCGCCUGCCAAGUGCCCACCUAUAGCGAUCUGAACGAUACUGCCACCUACAAUGUCGUCCUGGGAGAGUUCCUACUGGACGGUGGCGAUGGACAUGUGUUUAGGCACUCGGCCCACCAGCCACAGCGCCUGCAAAAUAACGAUUUGGAGGCGGUAUCCCAAUAUCUUGCGCAGAGGGAUUAUGUCUUUCCCGAGAUUGAGGGUCGCAUUGUUUUCAUCAAUUCAUCCAGUGCACCUCUUAUGAGCUCGGCCGUCCUGCUCCUCAUCUCUUCCCUUCUGUUAAAAAUUAUUUUUUUAGUAACGAUGUGUGCAGCUACUCCGCAGUGGAUGGUUAUCCUCCCGCUAGUCCUAUUCUUUCUGGACGGGAUCAGUGGCUUCAAGUUUACCCUAUUACACACGAAUGAUAUGCACUCCUGGUACGACCCCAUUUCUGAUAAAGAUGAAAGGUGCAAAGCUGGCGAGGAUGAGGGGGGUUUUUGCUAUGGCGGAUUUGGACGAGUGGCUGCUGUAGUUACUGCAGCUAGAAAUAAUGGAACUGAUCCAGUUAUCUACUUGAACGGUGGCGAUUCCUUUCAAGGAACUGCGUGGUUUUCGGUUUAUCGAGGGAAAAUGGUGGCACAAAUGCUAAAUUUUCUUGCUCCCGAUGCCAUGACCCUCGGUGUUCACGAACUUGACGAUGGAACUGAUGCCUUGGCCGAAUUCUUGAAUAACAUUACUUUUCCAGUGGUCAGCAGCAAUAUAAACCUGAUAAAAGAACCAAAACUGGCGGCGAACAAUAAAUUAGUGACUUCCGCAGUCAUCACCAAGGGUAAUCGUAAGAUUGGCAUAGUGGGCUAUAUAAGGCCGGAUACCAAGGAGCGAACUCAACCAAGUAAUGUGAUCUUCAAACAGGAGGUGCCCGCCAUCAACACUGAAACAAAGGAACUUAAGGAACAAGGCAUCGAUAUUAUUAUUGCACUGGGACAUUCCGGCUACGAGAAGGAUAAGGAGAUAGCCAGGCGAUGUCCGGACGUGGAUGUCGUCGUUGGUGGUCAGUCGCACACGUUUCUCUACUCCGGAAAGGCGCCGAGCAAGGAAAUUCCGGUGGGUCCCUAUCCCACAAUAGUGAUGAAGCCCGAUGGCAGGAAGGUGCCCGUUGUUCAGGCGUAUGCUUAUACGAAAUAUUUGGGAAACCUAACCCUAGAAUUCGACAAUGGUGGCAAUUUGCUUAGUUUCAAGGGUAGCCCCAUUUUAUUGGAUCACCGCUUCCAGCCCAGCAGAGAGGUUCAGGAUUAUCUCCAACUGUACCGCCAGGUGAUCGAUGACAUGGAGCGCCAUGUGGUGGGCACCACCUCCGUGUAUCUGAAUGGCGAUCGAAAGAGCUGCGGUUACGGCGAGUGCAAUUUCGGCAACUUCAUAGCAGAUAGCUUUGUGUAUGCCCGAGUAGUGCAAACGAUGGCGGAUAGAAGAUCUUGGACAGAUGCAUCCAUAGGACUCAUCAAUGCGGGCGCCAUUAGAGCGUCGAUUAACCCCGGCGAAACGGGCGCCAUUACGGAGGCUGAUGUGGUCACCGUGCUGCCCUUCAGUCAAGAGCUGUUUUACACGAGGAUUAGUGGCAGUCAACUGAUGAAGGCGCUGGAGCACUCUGCCCAUAUGCGGAGUAAACACAUCACCAGUGCCCACUUACAGGUUUCCGGUCUUCGUCUCAAGUUUAACCACAGCUUGGCCAAGGGCGAAAGGAUUACGGAAAUCCGUGCCCUGUGCUCCGAGUGCCAGAUUCCCCACUACGAAGCCGUUGAUACGGAUAGGUAUUACGGUGUGGUAGUCACCUCAUUUCUAUUGAACGGCGGCGAGGGCUACAGCUUCAUCGAUCCAAAGCGACCGGAAGUGGAGAAUAUGACCAUCCUUGAUCGCAUGGCAGUUAUCCAGUAUCUGCAGGAGCACAAGGUUGUCUAUCCGGAACGCGAGGAACGCCAAUCUCUGCAGCAGAGGUACAUGGCCAACUCGGGCUAUAACAUGUAUCUUAAACCCCUCGUAAUACUCUGCUUUUGUACUUGUGUCAUCGAUCUCUCGUUUAAGUGUCUAGUCUUUCCACGGACGGAUUGCGUCUCCAUGGGGCAUCAUUAUCAUUAGUAUUCGCUCUCUGUUUUUGUCUAUUGCGCAAUCGCUUAGAACGCAGAUUAGUGACUUAUUCUAUAGGUAUGGUAUGCAUAUAUAAGCAAAGGUUUAUGAAGUUUGAUUAUAUAUAUAUAAAGAAUCUAGAUUAUACGGUGUGCA